AUGUUUAUUCGAACUAUUCCUAAACUUGUACCCGACAAUGUUCAUCAUGAUAAAGAAGUUCAACAAUUGUAUAAUAAAGUAAAUAAUAUUGUCCAAGAUAAAUAUCAAAAUCGACUAUUUGCUGUGAUUCAAAUUGGUAAUGAACAACGAAAAGUAACAACAGAAGAUAUUAUUUGUAAGGUUGAUGAAUUUCAUCCAACAAUUGGUGAUAGAAUUCGAUUUGAAAAAGUUCUUCUUGUUGGUAGUUCAGAUUUUACAGUUAUUGGACGACCUAUUCUUGAUCCACAUUUUGUUCGAGUUGAAGGAAUUGUUAUUGAAAAAACUUUAUCACAAACUCAAAUGGAUUAUUGGUAUGCACCAAGAAAGAAAAAAGUUGGUGAAAAACAUUUUCUUUGGCGUGAUCCAUUGACUAUGAUUCGUAUAACAAAUAUUGAAAUACUUGGACCAAUACCAGGAACAAAUCAAUCGAACUCAUGA